UGGCGCACACUUGAGCUUCUAGAUCUCAACGCUCUAUGUUUCCGCUUUAUGAACGGCUAUGGCAUUACUUGACCCAAAAUCAUAUUCUAAUAAUGUGCUAGUAGUCGGAGAUGGUAACUUUUCAUUCACGGUUUGUUUGGCGUCAGCGUUAUCAAAGACAUCUGUGAAGAUCGUAGCGACAUCGUUAGACUCGCGCGCAGCUUUGGCAAGUAACGACUUCGCUCUGGGAAACAUCGCAAAACUGUCCUCUUUUGAAAAUGUCGAGAUCUUGCACGAGGUAGAUGCAACAGAUCUUUGUCAAAAAUUUGGCUCUAGAACGUUUGAUCGGGUGAUCUUUAAUUUUCCACACACUGGUGGCAAAUCAAACAUUGCCAAAUCGAGAGAUCUGUUGGAGCGGUUCUUUGCAAGCGCUGCGCACCACGUGGAACGGUUCAAAGGCGAUAUCUGUGUAAGCCUUUGUCAGGGUCAGGGAGGAACGCCCUUGGACAAUCCAAGAAGGGAGCUUGGAAACUCUUGGCAAGUUGUUUACCGAGCUGCGAAAGCUGGUCUGAUUUUGAAUGAUGUGUAUCCAUUCAAAAGUGAAGAUUAUACCUCUUACAGAAGUGCAGGCUUUCGUGGACAGCUUGGGAAAGGUUUUCAUACUGUAAAUGGGCUCACUCAUGUGUUUGUCCAUGGAGUGCCACUGGAACCAAUUCCAGACCUAGAGUCUUUCAUCUCAAAUUACAGUAGCAUUGUGGACAGUCUUUACUCAGUGGGUGGUCUCAUUGGUGUUCCUAAUAAUCCUGUUGGUAACUUGGUCAAAAAACUUGAAAGUUUCUUUGGAAAUUACAAUAUUUGUGACCUGACUGAUGAAUCCUGGCAAGAUUGCUGCCAAUCAGAAUAUGUAAGUGAUUUGACUGAGGAAGCAAAGAAAUUGAAUGUCAGAGAAGAGGCCACAGGGUUGACGCUGGAAUAUUCGAAGAUCUCUUUUGCAACCAGAGUUGUUGAGAAGCUUCAAAAAAACUGUCAUUCCUUUAUCUUAAGUGGCACUGAGAUUGACUUCUUUCUCCCUCCAUCAUCUCGCACACACCCUGUCAGCCACAAACUGGUUGCAGUACAGACUUUCACAGAACUCAUAACACCAUUAAAACUUCAGAGUGUUGUGAACAGUGUGCUAGAAACAUUUGUUGAAGAUAUUUGCUCUCACAUCAAAGACUUAAGAAGAGAGAGUAGUUGUCAAGGUGUAUCACAGACAAAUCCCCUCUCUACUUCAAGUUCAGUAGAGUCAGAGACAACCCAGUUAAAAAAUGGAGUACAAACAAGAUUUCUAGAUGUCAGGUGUGCAGGUGCUGCAAGCAUUGGAUGUCAUUGUAGAAACCAAGAUGGCCGAAAGAAGUGCAUUUUUUGCAGGAUGGAAAAGCAUUAUUUAGGACAUGAUAUCUCUCCACAAGUUUGCAUCAAUGACCUUAUACAACCCUCACCAAAGACUACACUAUAUCAUAAAGACAUGCUGUUAGUAUCUUGUGGUAUUUUAGAUAUUAGCAAGUUCCCAAAAGUUUGUUGUGGGUGGCUCAUGGAAGUUAAUAUUGACAGCUUGGCUUUAGCUUUGUGCAACAUUCCUGACAUACGACUGCUUUGGUCAAAUGAUCCAAGGAUUCAAGAACAGUUUUCAAGCCAAGAGGUUGAUGAGUUUCCCAACCUCGGUAAAGAGUUUGUUCCAAUCAGUCUCUUUCCUCCGACAUACAUUCAUGACAUAAGUUUCUGGAUUACGGAGCAAAUGACGGAACAGCAGUUCUUCCAAGAUAUUUAUGAAGUCACUCAAGGAAGUGUUUGUGAUGUUUGGUUUGUUGAACGUUAUCAUGAUACAGAACAGGACAAAGUGAGUUACAAUUACCGUAUGAUGUACAGCUCAUGUGACAGACCAUUGAGUCAUAUUGAGACUGUAAAAAUGCAGAACUUGUUAAGAAGAAGGCUUUUGAAUUGUGACUUUCCACUCAAAUAGGUAUUUAGGUUUACUGUGGUGUUGUAAUUUUUCAAAUUGAUGUUCAUGUAGGACCAGCUUUUACUUUGAUCAUUUUUAACAAAUGACACAUUUACAUGAAAGUGGAAGUGUUUAUGAAACUAAUAUUAUGUUUCAUGACUAUUCAAGAGCCACAUUUUCAAUCCCUAUCAAAGCCUGAAUUUCAUCAAUUGUAAUUUCAUUUCAUUUUACAUGGGAAGACUGGUUGUCACCUACACAUUGUCAAAUUGUGAUUGUAAUAUGUUCUGCCGCCUUGCAACUUACAUUGUAAGUAAGCAGGAAACAAGUAAAAAGAAAUUCAUAUUUUAAAAAAAACAUAACAAUGUACUCUCUUGACAUGACAAAGUGUUUAUAAUGAUGUAUGCUAAUAGUGCACCUGAAUGAUGUGUGUGACAUUCAUUGUCUGUGUUAACUGUAUGAAAAUUCCCCCCAGGAAUUCCAUCCAGGUUGUAAACGAAACUUAUUGUCUUCUUACCAUCUCUGUUUUAAGCAUGACACUUUCACUUUCA